AUGUCGAGCACGUCAAAGUCGUCUAAGCAUCACAGUGUCGAAUGGCCUUCAACACUGCCCGAAAAACGCUGGCACCUCAUUGUCCUGAUGGGGGACCGGACGCCUUCCCCCACCAAUCUUCAAGAGCCUCCGUUGACUGUGAUCCAACCAGCGAUGCAAACUAGUGAUGACCCAGUUUAUAACUUUAUGAUAAAGACUCAAAGCACUGCUCUGGUGGCUUCACCCAUUCUCCCAGUCAUUACUAGAGCAGUGAAGUGUGCUUGGGAGUUACCUGCGGGACGGCUGCCUUGCAGUCUUCGGAAGGAAGGAGGAGGAGAUUGCCUUAGCCGCUGCGGGGCCUUGCGCCUGGGGGUUCCUCUGCAGGCUGUUGGGGUUGAUUUCCUUAAAACACAAAAUGCUGUUCUUCAUCACACCAACGACUUCAACAACUCAAACCUGAUUGUGAGACGUGGGAAGCCAUUUCAGUUGAAGCUAACUUUUAGCAGGGAGGUGAAGGACAAUGACAAAAUCACACUACAGCUCUGUAUUGGUGAAAAACCAAUGAAAUCCAAUGGGACACUUUUAUCCUUGGAUGCAAGGUCAGGAAAGGUUGCUCAUUGCUGGAGUGCCACCAUCUGUCAAAAAAAUGGGAAAGAGUGUCUGAUUGCUGUAACCAGUCCAGCAGAUGCAAUUAUUGGAACAUACCUCCUAAGUGUGAAAACUGGGCCUAACGUUUAUAAGCCUGAAAAGAACGUUAUCUGUGUUUUGUUCAACCCUUGGUGUGAAGAGGAUACUGUUUUCAUGCCUGAUAAAAAUGAAAGAGCUGAGUACGUACUCAGUGAUACUGGCUAUCUCUAUGUUGGAUCAGCAAAAAAUAUACGUGAAAGACCUUGGAAUUUUGGACAGUUUGAGGACUCUGUUUUGGAUUGCUGCCUGUACCUUUUGGACAAAAGCCAGCUCAAGAUGAAAUGUAGAAAAGAUCCUGUGAUCAUCUCUAGAGCCAUGUCUGCUUUGGUUAACGCUAAUGAUGAUGCAGGAGUACUAUUUGGAAACUGGUCAGGACACUACGCUGCUGGUACUUCCCCUCUGGCCUGGACAGGAAGUGCCCCAAUUCUGCAGCAAUAUUACAAAACCAAAAAAACAGUCAAUUUUGGUCAGUGCUGGGUUUUCUCUGGAGUGCUUACCACAGUUAUGCGCUGUUUGGGGAUCCCAGGCCGAAGUGUGAGCAACUUUGCUUCUGCUCAUGACACAGAGGAAAACCUAAAGGUCGACAUCUACUUGAAUGAAAAUGGAGAAAGAAUGGACUUCCUGACAUCAGACUCUAUUUGGAACUUCCAUGUAUGGAAUGAUGUCUGGAUGAAAAGGCCGGACUUGCCAAAGGGUUUUGAUGGAUGGCAAGCAAUUGAUGCCACACCUCAGGAACAGAGCCAAGGGAUUUUCCAGUGUGGGCCUAGUCCAGUAAAUGCAAUCAAGAAGGGAGAAGUCUACCUUCCUUACGACUCCAAGUUUGUAUUUGCUGAAGUGAAUGCCGACAGAGUCUUCUGGCUUGUAAAGAAUGUAGAUGGCAAGGAAAAACACAUCAAGCUGCGUGAAGAGACCAAAGUGAUAGGAAAAAGCAUCAGCACUAAAGCUGUUGGGAAGGACACCCGUGAAGACAUCACAGCUCAGUACAAAUUCCCAGAAGAGUCCUCAGAAGAAAGAAAAGCUGUGGAAACCGCUUGCUCUUAUCUAAACUCUUGCAACCUGAGAGUCAAUGAUGCCAAUUCCUCUCAUGUCCCCAAGGCUGAACUCGAGCUUGGGAUGGAAGGCGAAAAAGCAUUGUGGCCCGGGCAGCCUGUUGAUCUGAAUAUUGUUAUACAGAACAAACGUGCAGGUGCAUGGACAGUGAAACUUGCUGCCUCUUGUCAGCUGGAGUCAUACACUGGGAAAGUAGAAGCCAGCCUUGCAACCAUCAAGGAGACUGUUCAAACAGAAGGAAAGCCAGUUAUUCAGAUUCCUCUGAAAGUAGCUGCUGACGCUUACAUAAGCACACUGACAGCAGUAGAGGAUGAACUUCUAGUCAGAAUCAACGUGAUUGCUGAGGUUCAAGAAACUAAUGAGAAGUUCUCAGAAGAGCUGACUUUAAACUUUCAAUACCCUCCUCUCAAAGUGGAGAUGCCAGAAACUGCAAAGAUUCAUGAAGAUUUUAGCUGUGCAUUUAUUUUCAAGAAUACACUAUCCAUUCCCUUGGAAAAAUGCAAAUUGUAUGUAGAAGGCCUGGGCAUCUUUACAAUGGAAACAUUUGAUCAAGGGGAUAUAGCACCUGGAAGGAUCUUUAAAUCCAAAAUAAUCUGUACACCAAGAAAAGCUGGACUGAAAAAGAUAGUGGCCAAACUGAACUCCAACCAAGUGAAAGGAAUAACUGUGGAAAAGGUUAUUAACAUCACUGAAUAGGCGUAUUCCCAAAUGCCAUCACAAGGUGUCAGCAGGGAUGUGUGCUAUGAAUUAGCCUUGCUGAUACUGCCUGCAGCCUUGACUGUGGACCAAAACAUAAGAGACAUACAUGUUAACACGAAGAGUUUCAAUGGCUUAGGGUUAUAGCACAUUCCAAGCUAAUGUGGAUUUAAUAGAUUAUUGAAAUUUGCUCUUGCACGCAUAUAGAUUUGACAGCUUAUGGUGAUUAAGCACAUUGUAGAUGAUUGUGAGGGGAAAGCUGGCUCCAUUUUUCUUUUGUAAGCAAUUCUGAGCUUUUCAUAAUGCUAGCAACAUUGGCUCUUUCUUGUCCUUUGGAUGAUGUAAUGAAAGCUUUGCCUGCUGCCAUUUUUUGCUUGCUUGCUUAUCAUCCAUAGAGCAAAGUAGGAUAUACAAUAUAUUACAAAGCUAUAUUUAGUGCAUACAGCAGAGGUCAACAUACUUAACUGAUCGGUUUUGGGUGUUGUUGUUGUUGUUGUUGUUGUUGUUGUUUUAAUUAGAAUUAUAGAAGUUUAGAGUUGGAAAGGGCCCUGGAGGUCUGAGGGUCCAACCCCUUGUUCAGUGCAGGAAGCUGCUGCUGCUACAAAGAUCGAUAUACCAUCUUUCAACCAAAGUUCUCAAAGCAGUUUACAUAGAAAAAUAAAUAAUAAAUAAUAAAGAUGGUCCCCUGUCCCCAAAGGGCUCACAAUCUAAAAAAAAGCAUUCAGCAGAUACCAGCAACAGCCACUGGAGAAAUGCUGUGCUGGGGUUGGACAGGGCCAGUUGCUCUCCCCCUGCUAAAUAUAAGAGAAUCACCACUUUUAAAAGUGGUGCUUAGUUAGCAUCUUUAACAGAUAGCUGCCCAGCCUCUGUUUGAAAACCUCCAGCAAAAGCAGAGCCCACCACGGCAUCAGGCAGACUGUUCUACCACCAAACACAGUUAGGAAACUCUCCCUCACGGCUAGCCUAAAUCUGCUUCCUUGUCAUUUCAACUCAUUGGUUCUAGCCCCGUGGAGAACAAAUCUCUUUCUACAUGACAGUCCCUUUGUCUAGUUGAAGUAGACUAUUCUAUCCACCACCACCCUGCUUGGUCUUCUCUUCUCCAGGCUAAACAUACCCUGCCCCUUCAACCUUUCCUCAUAGGACUGGGUUUCCAGACCUCUCAUCAUUGUGGUUUCCUGCCUUUGCACCUGUUCCAGUUUAAUCAUCUUCCUUCUUAAAAUGCAGGGCUCCAAACUGGAAGGAUUACUCCACAUGAAUCUGACCAGUGCAGAAUAGAAUGGAAUGGUUACUUUGCAUGACUUGAAUUCUGGGCCUCUCUUAAUUCAGCCUAGAAUUGUAUCCACUUUUUUUUUUGGCAGCUACUUCACACUCCUGGCUCAUAGUCAGCUGAUUGUCCACUAAGACACCCAGAUCCCUUUCACGUAUACUGAUGACAAGCCAUCUGCCACUCACCCGAUAUUUGUACAUUUGGGUUUUCUUACUCAAAUGCAGACCUUCACAUUUGCCUCUGUUCAACUUCAUCUGGUUGGUGCUGGCCCAAUAGUUGAGCAGAUCAGAUUGAUUCUGUCUCAUCAUCACUUUUUUAAAUGACUGUAGCCAUAAAGCAAACUUUAAAGUUAUUAUAUAACCCACUGGCUAGAGAACAUCUCCUACUAUACAGUCAUAUUUCUACAAACCCCUUAAAUCAUGCAGAUAGUGUUUGAAACAUGCUACAUCGGUAAUAGAAUCAGAAACAACGCCUAGAAAUGCUAUUUCCGUCACUGAUGUAAGCUGCAUGUUUCAGACACUAUAAUAUUUAAGAGUUGUGUAAAAAAAUGGAAUGUUAGUAUUUAGGGAAGGUGAGACUCUUGUACUUGUUGCUAUUGUGAAACAGAAUCAGAAAUCCUUGCUAAUCUAUUGCAAAUCACCCAUAGAUCGCUAUCCACCAGUAGAUCCCAGUUUAUCUUCUGCCUACAUCUGCCUUAUAGCAUUUGGUACACUGUACUGUAUAAUUUUACUCAGGGCUAUGUGUAUUCUUCACCCUGCUAACUUGGCAAAGAGACACCUUUUAACAUGGUGAUUCUCUUUAUUUAGCAGGGAGAGAGUAACUGGCCCUAUCCACCCCCAGCACAGUACCUCCAGUGACUGUUGCUGGUGUCUGUCUUAUGUUUCUUUUUAGAUUGUGAGCCCUUUGGGGACAGGGAUCCAUCUUAUUUAUUCAUUAUUUCUCUGUGUAAACUACCCUGAGCCAUUUUUGGAAGGGUGGUAUAGAAAUUGAAUGAAUGAAUAAAUAAUAAAAUAAAUAUUCUCUGAUUCUGCACAAAAAUGGAUGUUGCUAUUAAGCAAAGGAUCUAGCUUUCAAGCAUCUAGUUGUUGUUUUUAAGCAAAGGAUGUAUCCAUCUUCCUGUGCUCACCCUUCCUUCCCCACCCUUGAACGCUAAUCAUACAAUGCAGCUCUCCAGACAUUACACAUUGAGGCUCAUGUGUGGGUAUAUUGGUAUCAUGACUGCACUUGCACGAAAAUGGAUUAUACCCUUCAUUUAUAGCCUUUAUGUCUGUAAAAAUGAGCUUGGAAAUGAAUUCCCGGAAGCCAUUCAGGACUGAGCUGGAGUUCCAGUGGUCAAAGAAGAAGCUACCAUCGGUAGCUUUCCCCUGACACCCUAGAUUUAGCAAAACCAGAGUAAAAUAUGUACAUCUACAUAAUGUAAAGAUGGCAGUACUGUAUUCUGCUUUUCUUGGUACAGAAUUUUAUUUAGCUCUGCUUUUAUCUCAGGAAUAUAGGUUUCCACCAAGUAACUUUGCAAAAGCAUAUUUCACACAAAUUUUCUGGGUUUUGUUAUUGUUGUGCUGUAAACUAGUAUACUAAACAUUCAGCAUCAUACUUUUCAUAAUAAAGAUGAUUACUGCUGCUCAAAGUAUUAUGAAACCAAUAAAGG